UUUGGAGGUGCAACACCUGCUGAAGUUACACAAGGAACAACAGCAGAAAUUGUAACGACAACCGUAGGAGAACUUGGAACAACUGUUGGACGUGGAACACCUGCUGAGGGUACACAAGCAACAACAGCAGAAGGUGUAACGACAAGCGUAGGAGAAGUCGGAACAAGUGCUGAACAUGAAACACGCGCUGAUGGUGCAGAAGGCACAACCGCAGAAGGUGUAACGACAAGCGUAGGCAAAGUUGGAACAACUGCUGGACAUGAAACACCUGCUGAGGGUACACAAGGAACAACAGCAGAAGUUGUAACGACAACCGUAGGAGAACUUGGAAGAACUGUUGGACGUGGAACAUCUGCUGAAGUUACGCAAGGAACAACAGUUCGAGGUGUGACGAAAAGCGUAGGCAAAGUUGGAACAACUGCUAAACAUGAAACACCUGCUGGGGGUACACAAGCAACAACAGCAGAAGGUGUAACGACAAGCGUAGGAAAAGUCGGAACAACUUUUGGAGGUGCAACACCUGCUGAAGUUACACAAGGAACAACAGCAGAAAUUGUAACGACAACCGUAGGAGAACUUGGAACAACUGUUGGACGUGGAACACCUGCUGAGGGUACACAAGCAAUAACAGCAGAAGGUGUAACGACAAGCGUAGGAGAAGUGGGAACAACUGGUGGACGUGGAACACCUGCUGAAGUUACACAAGGAACAACAGCAGAAGGUGAAACGACAACCGUCGGAGAACUCGGAACAACUGCUGGACAUCGAGCACUUUUGGAUAGUACACAAGGCACGGCAACAGAAGAUUUGACGAUUACCGUGAGAAAAGUCGCAGCAAGUACUGGGCAUGAAACGGUAGCGGAAGGAACGGUAGGCGAGACGUAUAUGCCGGUGACUGUUCGUGAAAGAAACUCAGCAAUUAGUACCUUAUCCUCUAUUUUAUCAUCAACAACUGUUAGUUCGAGUCCAUUGAAGAAUAUAUCAACGCCUCACUUCUCGACGACAACAUCAAGUAUUUGUGAAGACGGUAUUGUACUCAUUCCAGAAGAAGGCAAUAGUGAGAACAGCUUAUUAGUACCUCGCUAUUUUGUGAAACCACGAAUACCCUAUAAUCCGACUGAUGUAAAUCCAGGAGAAAUGGGUGUCUCUUUUCCUGCAUCGGACAAAGCUUAUAUUAUGAUUUUUCCAGUAUCACCAGCAGCUGUAAUUAAAUCAGUUCGCUUACCGGGAACAAGUAAUGUCGAUCAAAUGCGUGUCUUGUUUCUGGAUGCACAAGAUAAGCCUAUUAUUGUUCAACCAUCAGAUCAUGUCCCAUUACAAAUAACUUCGAAGUUAGAAAAACAUCCGACAAUCAAUGUGAAUCUUUUAGAAAAAGUAAAUGCUGUUCAUAUUACGUUUAUACACACAAGUGACAGUCAACCACCAGAAGGUGUAACGGUUGAAAUAGUUGCCUGCGUUGAACCAUCAAAGACAACAUCCAAAACAUAUACCACACCUGCUACCAACUACACAUCAUCAAUAUCAUCUCCUGACAGCCCCUGCAAACCUAAACGAAAACCUGCUGCUCGAGUUGCCAUUGGUGAUUGCAUUUCUCGACAAGAAAUUCAACAAGAAUCAUGUGCUGGUCAUUGUCCAUCAUACGAAGAGCUUGAUCCUUUAACCGGAGAUAUCGCAGAAAAAGAAUGUUCAUGUUGUGCACCAGAUUCAACUUAUACUGAACCAAUUAUAAUGGACUGUGUUAAUCCAAUAACAGGACGAAACGAAGAGCGAACAUCUCAAAUUAUUCGUAUUCGAUCAUGCAAGUGUUCAACGUGUUUAGGAACAGCAGUAAAAUCUUAUUCCAAUGAUGAAAAAACAUACGAAACAAUCGACAGAAACAAUCGCUCGAAAAUAAAAACAAAAACGCGCCGACGAUAA